UGGGGAGACCACUGCUGGAGAGAGCUGCCCAUCAGCGAUAACACGCCACUGGUAUUUGAGCACCAACUACAUGCUGGGCACUGGAAUUCAGGCAAAAAACCCCUGCCUUCCUAGAGUAGGCAAAGAUGACCUAGAUGUGGAAACAGAGGCCCAGAGAAGCUUAAAGCUUGCCCAGGGUCACACAACCUGGACACUACAGAGCUGACGUUUGAACCCAGAGAAGAGCAAGCCGAUACCAGACUGGGCAGAGGGCAGGGAGGCAAGCGGUGGCCUGCAAGGGGUGGUGCGAGGCCCCCGCCCACCGGGGUUUGCUGCGAGAUGAGAUGAGUUAAUACGUGUAAAAUGCUCGGCCUGCAGUAGUCUUCCUCCACCGUACCUUGCGGAGGCUUCUGGGGCCAGUCAGGCCCGAGCUUGGGCCCUGGCUCUGCUCCUGAGGAGCUGCGUGAGCGUGGCCAGGCCGCUUCUGCUCCAGGAGCCUGUUUCCUCACCUGUGCGAGAGGGGCGUUGAGGGCCGCCGGUGGCCGAGGGUGGUCGCGAGGUCACGGCGAGGCGCGGCGGCCCCGGCGCGGCUGCCAUGAAGCUGAACGAGCGCAGCCUGGCCUUCUACGCCACGUGCGACGCCCCGGUGGACAACGCGGGCUUCCUGUACAAGAAAGGCGGCCGGCACGCGGCCUACCACCGCCGCUGGUUCGUGCUGCGCGGCAACAUGCUCUUCUACUUCGAGGAGCCGGCCAGCCGCGAGCCCGUGGGCGUCAUCAUCCUGGAGGGCUGCACCGUGGAGCUGGUGGAGGCCGCCGAGGAGUUCGCCUUCGCCGUGCGCUUCGCCGGGGCCCGGGCGCGCACCUACGUGCUGGCCGCCGAGAGCCAGGCCGCCAUGGAGGGCUGGGUGAAGGCGCUGUCGCGGGCCAGCUUCGACUACCUGCGGCUCGUGGUGCGCGAGCUGGAGCAGCAGCUGGCCGCCAUGCGGGCCGGGGACUGCCCGCCGCCGCCGCGCCGGCCCCGCGCGCUCCCGCCCAAGGAGAACGGCUGCGCCGUGUGGAGCGCCGAGCCGCCCCCCGCCGCCGCCGCCGCCCUCAUCCUCAGCCCCGCGGGCGCUGCCGCCCCCGCCGGCUCGCGGCCCGGCCCCGCGCCGCCGCCCCUGCCUCCCCGGCGGCGGGCCUGGGCGCCCAACGGGCCUCCGCACGCCGGCUCCUUCGCGCGGCUGCACGAGUGGUAUGGGCAGGAGGUGAGGGCGCUGAGGAGCCAGUGGCUCGGGAGCCGGAGCCGGGCCCAGCCCUGA